AUGGCUUUACCACUGCCACCUCAGCUAGAUCUCUUAUCUGUGGAGGAGUUGAAGCGACAACUGCGCGAUAAGGAAGUGGAAUUGGAGGGUCUGCGGCAAACAGAUAUUCGGACUCUGUGGCUCAAAGACUUGGAUGCUCUUCUAGAAGCUAUAGAGAAGCAGGACGCGGCUGACAUGAAACAGAGAGAAGCAGACUUGGCCUUCCAUAGGCAGAUGGAAAGCAAGAAGGGUCUUAAGGGCUUCUCAGCUCUUAAGGGAAAAUCUAAAGCUGCCAAAGGCGGCGCCCCCAAAGCUGCGCCUAAAGUGGGAAGUGCCAAGUCGACAUCUAAGGCUCGCAAAAAGGUAUUGUGA